AGGCUCCAGAGUGGGAACUGCAGUACCUGUCUCAUUCCAGCCCAGCAAAAACAGCAUGAGUCAGACCCAGGAAGGGAAACACCCAGCUGCUGCCCUGCCUUGUCUAGAUGCAGUGUAUUCUUCAAUUUGAAGAACUGAACACACCCUGUUGAACGGCUCGGUGGGAGCCAUGGCUGCAGAGAGCCCUGUGGGGAGUCUCCAGCAUGAAGCUACUUGCUCCGUCUGCCUGGAGUUCUUCAAAGAUCCGGUGAUUCUGGACUGUGGGCACAACUUCUGCCGAGUUUGCAUCAGCCAGUGCUGGGAUGGAUUGGGUCCAAACUGCUCCUGCCCCCAGUGCAGACAAGUCAUGCCACAGAGAAAUCUCAGACCAAACAGGCAGCUGGCAAACAUUGUCAAAAUAACCAAACAGCUGAGUUUACAGGCAGCCAAGGGAGCUGGAGAGGAGAACAUGAGAGAGGGAAGCCAGGAGGCUCUGCAACUGCUCUGUGAAGAGACUCAGACUGAAGAGGUGUGUGACAGAUGCCACGCUCACACUGUUCCAGUUGAGAAGGUUGCUCAGGAGUACAAGGAAAAACUUCAGACCUAUUUGAAGACUCUAAGUGAAGACAAAGAAAAGCUCCUUGGAUUGAAAAUGAAUGGAGAUGAGAGAAUCCAGGACUAUCUGCAAAAGACAGAAGCUGAGAGACAGAAGCUUGUGUCUGAAUUUCAACAAUUGCACCAAUUUCUGGAGGAACAGGAGAGACUCCUGCUGGACCAGCUGGGAGAGUUGGAGAAGGAGAUCAUACGGAGUCAGAAUGAAAAGCUGUCCAUGGAGAUUUCCCGUCUCAGUGACUUGAUCAGUGAGAUGGAGAGGAAGUGCCAGCAACCAGCAAGUGAAUUCCUACAGGAUGUCAGAAACACCUUGAGCAGGUGCAAGAAGGGGAAGUUCCAGGAGCCACUGGAGAUUCCCUCUGAGUUGAAAGCAAGACUUGCAGAUUUCUCCCAGAAAAAUGUUGCCCUAAAAGAGACCCUGAGGACAUUCAAAGAAACUCUACCAUGUGACCUGGAGAAAAGAAGAGGGGAGCUUCUGGGCUCCUACAUAAAGGUGCAUGUGACUCUGGAUCCAGACACUGCUCACCCUGAUCUUAUCCUGUCUGAAGAUCACAAAACUGUGAGAUGGGGAAUGAGACGGCAGGAUGUACCCGAUAACCCACAGAGAUUUGACACAUGGCUGUGUGUGCUGGGCUGUGAGGGAUUCACCUCAGGGAAACACUGCUGGGAGGUGGAUGUGGAGGUCCAAGAAGCCUUACCUCAACCACCGGAUGUUCCCUGUCACAACCUCGAACCAGGGGAUUGGAUCUACGUAAAGGUCUAUCAACGGAAAAACGCACUUCAACCCAGAUGGAAAGGACCUUUCCAGGUACUUCUGACCACUAAUUCUGCUGUUCGUUGCCAAGGUCACCAAACGUGGACUCACGCCUCGCACUGCAAGAAGGUAUCACCUCCAUUGGACCCCGAAGCAGCUGUAUUCCAACCAAGGUUGGGAUCUUUCCCUGAGGCCAAGGACAAAGACCCUCAGGACCUCACUCAGGCAAGUGAGGAGCAUCAGGGUGCAAGUGCUAGUAACCUCUCCCCUGCACCCAACACCUCAGCCCAGCCGGAUUCAUCAGUUGAAGAACGAAGAUAUCAUCUUCGGCCUCGAAGAAAGUGAAUGCUCCCAUUCGGAAGAUCACCACCUCGAUCAAGACCAAGAGCCGACAUUAUCAGUCCUUUAGGUAACUUGAGCCCAGAGGACGAAGAAAGACUUUGGCUGCCAUCCUGGGUUUGGCUGGUAGUGUUCUUUUUCUUACUGGUGCUGGUUAUGUUUGUUGUUAAGAUUCUUUGUCCCUCCUGUAUCUAAAAAUGGCACUGAUAUCCUUAUAUAUCACACUUGGGUAUCUCAGUAUCACCCAAGGGGGGUGGGAGAAAAAUUUGUAUUUGCAGAUCUCCCAUGCGGUGGCUCAAGCUGGAAAUAAAAGUGACUGCUGGAUAUGCUCUCACAGCCCAGCACACCUACACCAAGGAAUCCCAAUGAUCGGAGUACCAAUAUCCCUCCAGCAAUGGGGAACAAUAAACGGCGGCUUCGUUAGACACUACUCGUUAGCUGCCCAUCGAUCCGCUCCUAAAGAAUGGAGGGCCGCCCCUGCUAACUGGAUAAUCUCCCCAAGAGUAGAGGCGCCUUUCUGUUACAGAUCCAACAACACCGGAGCUUAUAAUAAAGCCACACCUGUAGGACACUACCCUCAUUGCCUAACUACUCUAGAUUAUAGCCCUAGUAGCACCAGUGGAAUCCUGUUGGGUAACGUACCCUCUCUCAAUUGUACAGGAUUCAUGGUCUACAACUUUUCUAAGGAACCUCAUGUUGCUCUCAUUGCAAACAGAUCAGAAUUUUACAUUCACUCCAAUUUUACUUCUUGUAAUAUAUCUCGGUCCAGCAGAAUAACAGCUGAACGUGGACCGUCCUAUACGAUGCAUAUCAAUCGAAAGUGCCGGAUAGGGCACAACAACUGCCGAGAUUUGAGUACCCUUUCUGCCCCAGGCCUUUACUGGCUCUGCGGAAACAGGGCUCAUAAAAUCUUGCCCUGGAAUUGGGUGGGGGCAUGCACUCUUGGACGUGUUAUCCCUGGUUUCGAAAUGCAUAGUGCAAUAUAUCUGGAACAAGUAAAAAAUUUCAACCAUCACAUGAAAAGGGCGGUUAACCCCUUAGCUACCAGAAACACAGGGUUCCAUCGAUUUGUGAGAACCUUCAUACCGUGGCUUGGAGUAAGAGAAUUGGAACUAGCCAUAAUUAACAUUUCAGCCACAAUGGAAGCUAUGGGAAAUGCCACUGCGGAUGCAAUUCAGGCUCUGCAAAAAGAGAUCUCCCAGAUCUCACAAGUAACUAUACAACACCGCAUAGCCCUAGAUUACCUAUUGGUAUCCCAGGGAGGAGUAUGUGCCUUAGUAAACUCCACCUGUUGUGUCUAUGUCAAUCAGGACAUGCGAAUCGAAACUGACAUUCGCAAAAUCCGAAAUCAGUUAAGGGUCCUACAUCAAGUGGCCUCAGAAAAUACUGACUGGGGUCUAGAAGAAAUGUGGUCUUGGCUAACCUCCUGGCUCCCAGAUUUCGGGGCCCUUGGCAAGAAAAUCCUGUAUGGAAUAUUGUUUGUCUUGAUAGUUCUGAUAAUGUUCUAUGUCUUAAUGCAACUGAUCCUCUGCUGCGUGAAAGCCAGCAGGGGAAGCUUUAGCAAGGCAAGAAAACCCACAGCAGAGUCUAGAAUAAUGGUGUUACAAAAGUGUGAGCAGAUUGAAAGAAAACAUGAAAGGCUGCAUGAUGAAAUAGAGGGGCUCAUGAGAAUGGAAAUUUAAGGCUAAAGUGAGACUAAAUAGUCUCAAAGGGGGGGGCUGUGGAAUCAGAAAAAAUAUAUGCCUUAAACUUUGAUUAUUUUAGUUAUAAGAUGACAUAACCGCUUUGUGUAGAAUUGCUGGCUCAGUACAGUAGAACAGAUAAGGGCAAGUGUUUGUUCUUUGUAACUCUUCUGCAAAUGCUUCGCUCACCGCGGCCUUGAAGGUAGAAAAAAAAAAAAAAGUAUGUACAAAGUAGA